CGGAGAAGACGUCGAAACCGUACUGGGGCAAUCCGACGGUGCUAAAGGCGAUGCUACCUUGGGGCUCCAUAUAAUUCGGGGAGAUCCAACGGCUGAAAGCAAUACAAGCUUGUGCAGCGAACCGAAUAAGCCUGGGGAAGCGGUUUCGGAUUUGGUAGCUCGCCUUCGGGAUGACGUGUUGAGUGGUUCCCGGGCUGCAUCUUUAUCCAAAAACUAAGUUGCAUGCCGUAACAGAAUUUGCUAUACACAAGCAAGUAUUUGAUUCCUUACACACUAUCCCUUCACACACAUCAGCGCCGCACAUCGUAUGAACAGGAUCAGAAGGGGAACACUUCGUAUGAACACAUCAGUCAGGGGAAUCUAAGUGCGGAGAAUCGGAUCGGAUUCUAUCACAAAGCCCGUAUCCGCACGAGGUCCAUGUCUGACGUCAUCACUAGUGGGUAUCCACACGUGGCUGCAUUGGGGUAAGAGGGAACACGUUAACUUACAGCGUGGCGGAGGAGCAGAUUAAGGCUGGCAAAAAGAAGGAAGAACGCCCGAUGGAAGCUACGGGUAGUGUCAUUCGGAAGAGGGAAAGGGUGGGCGAGAAGCGAAAAACCCUCGCCUCAGAGUCGGAGAUCGAUUCCCCGUCAUCUCAAGUGGAUCGCUGGGAUCUCACGUCUCUUACUUUGACGCUUCCGUGCGCUUGCGACUGGUUCUUCGUCGUUUCUAGUAAUUGGGGUGCUGAUUCAGUUCCUCGGUAGUAAUGGUAGUUUUGUCUAUUUGUAUUAGGUUGUGGGUGAUAUUCACGGAAGUCAAAGAUAAGGCAUAUGAUUAGUCAGAGAAAGGAUUUACUGUGCUGAAUGAUAAUGUUUUUGGGAAUUUAAGUGCAGAUUGAGGAAUUGAUCCCUACAGGGAGAAAUCUAUAAUAUUACUAUCUCAGGAGAAUUAAAAGAUUACACCACCCUAUUUGAUGAAAGCUUGAAACUGUGACUUUCCCUGGUGAUUUAUGAUAUUUUCCAAAGAGUAAAUUCAGCUAUGAUCCAUAGUGCAUUUCAUAAGCUGGAGCAUCAAGUCAGUGAUGGGACCUCCCAAAAGGCAGUUUGAAGGUGGGUACCUUAAUGCAGUGUCAGUUUCCAAUAAGAGAGUUUGAAUACUGAAUAUUGUUGAUAUGGAUCCAAAGAAAAGUGGGAACUGUGUCAGUAAAGAUGAUUCAGCAAGGACAAAUAUUGAUGAAUCAUUGGCUAAUGUUGACCCAAUCUUAGUGACUGACUAUAAUAAAAUAUUGGAACAGGCAAAUGAUAGAGCUGAUCAAACAAGUGGUAUAGCUGGUCAGGGUAUUUCCAUCUCCACUAUGUCGAAAGACACCAGAUCAAAAGGUGAUAGGACCAACAAAAUUGGAGGGAAGAAUGAAUCAUCAGUUAUCAAUUGUUCUACUUAUUUGUUUCGGGCUUCUGAAAUUGUCCCAACCAUCACUCAUGCCAAUGAAGCAUCAUUUCAUAACCUUCGAGUGUCACCUGUCCCAGAAGACAAUAAUGAUGCGGCUUAUAUCCAAGCUUAUUCUAGGAUGGAGGGAAUGCUUCCACUAGAAAUUUUACCACCCAACCUGAGAGAUGGCUCACUAAGUAUUGACACCAUAGGAAUCAAUGCCAAAUUUGAAGAUUGUGAUUCCCAUGCUGGGGUUGCUCGAGCUUUACACACUAAAACCAACUUAUCCCCAGAGAUGUCUUCAAACUCAUACAAGCUGGAAGUUACCAGUCCAUUCAAGGGUGACAAGAAUGUGGAAGUAGAAAGAGUAAGCGGUUGCACACUUGAAAUUCAAGAAAUCUUCUCAGGUGCGACUUGUAUCUCUCAGUCAGUUUCUGUGCCUGUUGAGUCUGUUGAUCCUAUUAGGCUAUACGUAUCAGAUAAGGAAGCAGCUGGCAACAGUGUAGUUGCAGAGCAGACUGUGGACAACUCUGGUGUGGCACGUCAAUAUGAGGUUGACUCUUUAGAAGCCAGCCUAAAGUCCCUUCAGUUUGGCAUGAAGGAAGGAAGAAGUGUGCCUCCAUCACCAAUUACACGGGGGUUAAUACAAGAACUAGCUUCUCCAAAUUUACUCAUGAAGCAACAUAAUCGGUUGGAUUCACAUAAUGCAGAAUGUGCUAAUUUCUUAUUUGGAUUAGAGAACAAGUCUGAUAAUGAUUCAUCCGGGAACACUUUUAAAAAUACAUCUACCUUAGGCACUGAAGAUGAAUCAGAAUCUGCGAAAUCAAAUAUUGAUAAUAAAUACAAACACUUUAACAAGGAGGAGAAACUACUUGCUUCUUCAUCUGAAAGACGUAUCAUGUCUUAUAUGACCAAGGACCAGGUUGCAAGUUCAAAUUUUGUGCCACCUUAUACAGAAUAUUUUUUGAGAUUUUCAAGAAAAAAGUUAAUUGUUCUUGAUCUGAAUGGGUUACUAGCUGAUAUCAAUCGGGGUAAUGCUCGUAUCGCACAUAAGAGAGUUGGAGGAAAAUCAGUUUUCAAAAGGCCCUUUUGUGAUAAUUUUCUUAAGUUUUGUUUCGAGAGAUUUAAUGUAGGUGUCUGGUCUUCGAGGGGAAGAAACAAUAUGGAUCCUGUAGUUGACUAUCUCAUGGGAGAUUUGAAACAUAACCUGUUAUUUUGUUGGGACCAAUCAAAAUGCACUCAUACGGGCCGUCGGACCUUUGAUAACAUUCAUAAGCCACUUUUUCUCAAGGAACUAAACAAAUUAUGGAACAAAGAGGAACCUGACCUUCCAUGGGAAAAGGGAGAAUACUCUGCAUCUAACACAUUGCUUAUAGAUGAUUCUCCUUACAAAGCUAUUUGCAAUCCUCCUCACACUGCCAUUUUCCCAGAUCCAUAUAGCUUUACCAACAAAGAUGACAAUUCUCUAGGACCUGAAGGCGAUCUUCGUCUUUAUUUGGAAGGGCUAGCAAUGGCUGAUGAUGUUCGAGCAUAUGUUCAAGCAAUUCCUUUUGGUCAGCAGCCUAUUACAGACAGAAAUCCAUCAUGGAAGUUCUACCUUCAGAUUAUUAAUAAAAUUCAGAAAUCAUCAUCAUCUCUAACUACUCGAAGCUGGUGAUUUCUCUUCUCUCUGUCUGUUGUGUGGUAAUGAUAUUCUUUCAUAGAGGUAAAUUGGUUAUGUUCCUAUGCAUACAUUUUAAACAUGUGGAUCCUUCUGAAGCUUUUCUUUGUAUAA